AUGUCAUUUGUGAAAGUUACCCUCCGUAAUCACCCUACUGACAGAGAAUUGACAAGUAACUUUAGUAGCAAGGACUCUAUAUAUGAAGUUCUCAAGCUGGCCCACAUGACUCACAGUUCCGUGAUAGGCAUGGAAGCACUGAUUUUGUCUCUACCGGUGUCUCAACUUCCUCCCCUUCUGCCUCAACCGGCGUUACCUCCGCCUCUGGUGAUUCUACCUCAACCGGUGUCUCAACCUCCAAUGAUUUUGCCUCUACCAAUAUCUCAACCUCCACUGACUCUACCUCAACCGGCCUCUGUCUCAACGAGUAUCUCAACCACUGGUAAUUCUGCCUCCACUCACUGUCUCAACCUCCAAUGUCAGUCUUCUUCAUCUUCUUCUCUCCUCUUCCUAUCCUCUCUCUCUGUACUCCUCGAUCUCUCUCAUCUAUCUCUGCGUCGCACGCAAACGGCUAAACGCGAACCUAUCGCUCCCAUCACCCUUGAACUCAUCCUUCCUCUCUCCGUUAUCCAUCUCACUCCCUCACCUCCGUCCAUCGCCCGCCGCCGUCGCCGAAACGAGCUUCGAAGCCACCGUCGUUAUCGUGCAGCUCUGUUCCACCAUCGCGCAGUUCGGUUCCAUCGUCGCCGGGCUUGCCUCCUUUUUCCGUCGAGCAGCUCUGUUCCAUCGUCGCCGGCGCUAUCUCUGUUCCACCUGUCAUCCCUUCGGUCGUUCCCUUGUCCCCCUCUUGCUCAGGAUCUGCUCUGCUCUGUUCUAGGGCUUCUAGCUUCUAGGCUGUGUUUGAUGAGGAUGAGGAAGAUAAAUACAAGGAAAGGAAUCCGGGAAAUAGUUUGAAGAGAAAAGAGAGUGGCGGUGGAGGAAGAGGUUUGUGAUCCCCAUUUCAUACUUGAACCAACCUUCAAUCCAAGACUUGUUGAGCCAAGCUGAGGAAGAGUUUGGAUAUGAUCAUCCUAUGGGAGGUCUAACAAUUUCAUGCAGUGAAGAUGUCUUCCAACAAAUCACCUCUCACUUGAAUUGACGAUGAAUCGCAUGCUGCAGGAGACUGACAUAGAUUAGUACACACAUUUUGUACAAUAGGUUACUUGUAAAGAUUACACAUUUUUUAAAGUAAAUGAAAGAAGA